CACUUCUUUUCCCCUUCUCUCUCUGUGUCACACACACACUUUAUUGUGUUAUGUAUGUAUGUUAUUGAUAGAAUAGCGGACCCCACAUGCUAAAGCAGACACUACACUCCACAGCAGCAAGCAAUGUAGUGAAAAAUGUGAAAUCCACACCUAUCUAUUUAUCUAUCUUUCUUCAUUCUUCAAUGCGGUUCUAUCUUUUUGGUAGUUUUAAGGAACACCACUAAUAAUAUUGCCUCACCUGCUCCUGUUCAUGUUACCAGUUACUACUGUUUCCAUUCUAUUAUUUUCAUUUUUUUCAGGAGGAUCCAUAUUUCAUUCCUUUGCUCUCAAAAGCUGCUCUCUCUUAUCACUUAACACGUAGACACAGAAAAAAAAGGGUGAAGGUGAAUAAUAUUGCAUGAUAUGGGUUGGUUAUCCAAGUUGCUUAAGGGCUCUAACCAUAGAACUUCAAGAGGGCAAUACCAUGGCAAAUAUGGAGAGGACAGAAUUUGGGAUAACCAUCAUGCUUCAGUGGAUGAUUUGAACGAUGUUGAGAAAGAAGACAUUGAUUGUGCAAUUGCACUCUCUCUGUCAGAGCAGGAUCAGAAAGGAAAAAGUGUUGUUGUCUAUGAUAUCGCAGAGGACGACUCUCAAUCCGAAGAAGAUGAACAACUUUGUAAAGUUGAUGAUGAGGAAGAUGAGCAUACUUGUACAGUUCAACAACAAGAAGAAGAACAUCUUGAUAAGGUUCGGCCGGAUGAAGAUGAUGAACAUCUUUCUAAAGAUCAACUUGAGGAAGAUGAGCAACUUGCCAGGGCAAUCCAAGAAAGUUUGAACAUUGAUUCUCCUCCUAGUCCUAGAUAUGAGAAUGAUUCUAUUUUCCAACCUUUAUCAAACCUCUUUCCACCAGGAUACAGAAUCUGUGCUGGAUGCAAAGCUGAAAUUGGGCAUGGAAGAUUUUUAAGUUGCAUGGGAGCUGUUUGGCAUCCACAAUGUUUUCGCUGCAAUGCUUGCAAUCUUCCAAUAACAGAUUAUGAGUUUUCCAUGUCUAGCAAUUGCCCCUACCAUAAAUCUUGCUACAGGGAGCAACACCACCCAAGAUGUGAUGUUUGCAAUAACUUUAUUCCAACUAAUUCAGCUGGUCUCAUUGAGUAUAGAGCUCAUCCUUUCUGGCUACAAAAAUACUGUCCAUCACAUGAUCGAGAUGGAACUCCUCGGUGUUGUAGCUGCGAAAGAAUGGAGCCAAGGGAUGCAAAGUAUCUUUUGCUUGAUGAUGGUAGAAAGCUAUGUUUAGAGUGUCUGGACUCAUCAAUCAUGGAUACUCAUGAAUGCCAACCUCUCUACCUUGAAAUACAAGAGUUCUAUGAAGGUUUAAACAUGAAAGUUGAGCAGCAAGUUCCUAUGCUUCUGGUUGAGAGACAAGCACUGAAUGAGGCCAUGGAGGGAGAAAAGAAUGGUCAUCACCACUUGCCUGAAACUAGAGGACUGUGUUUGUCAGAAGAGCAAACUGUCACCUCGAUUUCAAGGAGACCAAAGAUAGGAGCAGGCCAUCGAGUCGUGGAUAUGGUAACAGAGCCUUUUAGACUGAUCCGUCGAUGUGAAGUGACAGCCAUUCUUGUGUUGUAUGGCCUUCCUAGGUUGUUGACAGGAUCAAUCCUGGCUCAUGAGAUGAUGCAUGCAUGGCUCAGGCUUAAAGGUUAUCCCAAUCUGAGUCCAGAGGUUGAAGAAGGAAUUUGCCAAGUCUUGGCUCAUAUGUGGUUAGAUUCAGAAAUAUAUUCUGCAUCCGGUAGUGAUUGUUCAUCUUCGUCCUCAUCAUCGCCUUCCUCCUCCUCCUCAUCCUCCUCCUCCGCGUCAUCAAAGAAAGGCAAACGGUCUGAUUUCGAGAAGAAGCUCGGUGAGUUUUUUAAGCACCAGAUUGAGGCUGAUACAUCAUCAGCUUAUGGAAAAGGAUUCAGGUUGGGAAACGAGGCAGUGCUCAAGUAUGGUCUCAGAAGUACCCUUGAUCAUAUCCAAAUGACUGGAAGUUUUCCAUAUUGAAAAUUUGAAACAUGAUGCAAGUUUCUCACUUCUCAUAUGAAUUAUAUAGAUUCAUAGAAUUGUAUAGUUUAGAAUAAUGUUUAUUCCAUAAAAAAACGGGGAUAAAGAGUGAAAGAAACAAAAGCAGUGAGGUGCAUUAGAAAAAUAAGACAUAAGAACUAAAAAAUGCUCCUCUGAGCAUGCAGUUGCUAACUUGCUCUAUUGUCCUGUUAAAAUUUGAAACAUGUUCUUUAUGUAUCACAAAAUUCUGUUCAGAAGUUCAGAGCAGCUGAAAUAAUGAAAUUAUGGAAGUAUAGAAUUAAUUUUGUA